AACGGCAACGGCAACCUCAACAAAGGCAUGGUCCAGCUCAACUAGGGAUUUGAGUUUGGCGGCCUGGCCGUGCCUGGCGCUGGCGGAGGCCUGGUAUUCAGGGAUGAGCAAGAUGAAUUCAUCUCCGAACUCGACCUGAAUCACACUCCGCCCACCGUCAACGGAAACGGCAACCUCCACGACGAGCUUUUGGAGUUUAUUCAGGUGUUUGCGGAGGCAACUGCUCCGCUUGCUGCUGCCCUCGAAAACGAAAAUAAAGAGGGUGACCGGAUCAUCGAACCUGCCCCGGCAAAUCAACCUCUGCCGACCAUCAACGAAGAAGACGAACUGAACAAUGAACUGGUGGAGUUUAUGCGGGGUUUUGCGAAUGCCAUUGCUCCGCUUGCUGCUGCCCUCGAAAACGAAAAUGAAGAGGUUGACGAGCCCAACGACCCUGAUUUCGCAAACGUCCGUCUUCCCACCGUCAACGGAAUCGGCAAUCAAAUCAACGGUAUUCCUCAGCUCAUUCAGCAAUUCGAGGCUUUCGGCUUCGCUACGCCGGGUUUAGGUGGAAAUUGGAACGACGAGGGUGACGAGCUCGUCGACGCUGAGGUCGCAAACUUCCCUCUUCCCACUAUCAACAAUAACUACAAUCAUUUCAACGGUAUUUUCGAUGAAAUCAACGGCAUCCCCCCGUCUACUCGGCAAUUCGGCGCUGGCAAUGCCAUUGCCUUUGUUGGUGACGCAGGUCCAAAUGAACCGGAAGCCGAACUCAUCGACCUUGACCUGGCAAACGCGCCUCUCCCUAUCAACGACAGAAAUGGCUUCCAACGCACUACCCAGUUCACUCAAGAAUUCGAGGCUGCAAGCGUGGCUGCCGGGCUUGGUGCAGGCGGUGCAGUCGAGUUUCAACUGGAAGGAGGCGAGCGUGUCAACCUCGACAUUGCCAACUUGCCUGUCCCUAAUCUAGAUGAGAUUGGAGAUGGAAUUGGGACUGGAAAUGGGGACACCGAAGUCGGCAACCUCCAGACGGAUCUUGGCACCAAUUUGGUCGAUAGCUGGGAUGGCGUUUGGGCGACCGAGGACGAGGCAGAGGCCAUGACGGGGGAAGAGUUGAUGCACCUGAUGUUUGGAAACAAUUGAGUCUCUGAGAUGGGGCGUUUAUGCCAUCAGCAAUGGCGUGUUUCAGGUUCCGCGGCUGGAAUUGGAUUUUGGGACGAUUGUAGUC